UACAGGAGAUGACCAGCAACUGCGGACAUAGUACAGGAGAUGACCAGCAACUGCGGACAUAGUACAGGAGAUGACCAGAGACUGCGGACACAGUACAGGAGAUGACCAGAGACUGCGGACACAGUACAGGGAUGACCAGAACACUGCCGACUCAGUACAGGGGAUGACCAGAGAAUGUGGACACAGUACAGGAGAUGACCAUAGUCUGCAGACAUAGUACAGGGAAUGACCAGAGACUGCGGACAUAGUACAGAUGACCAGAGACUGUGAACAGGGGAUGACCAAGAGACUGCAGAC